AUGCCAAGACAAUGGGUGGUAAUCUUUGCCCGUAAUCGAGGAAUGGCGGAGCGUUGGCUUCUGCAUACUCCCGGGGCGUUCGCGAAAGGAAAACGCGCGAAAACCAUGCAGAAAGAAAAGAAGUUGCAGGCAUUAAAAUGUGAUCCUCCUACCAGGGGCAAGGUUGUCGCGAGCUUGUAUGGGAUUUUCGUCGGAUCCUUUAUAAUCUCCUCGAGCUCAUCGAAAAUCUUGGCAAAAGUACCCGCAAUCGAAAAUAUGAGUAGAACAUUCACCAACAGGAAAAAAUGA